AUGUCACAGGGCGAUAUAGCGGUCAAGAAGAGUGCGAAGAGGAAGAACAGAAGAAAGAAGAGAAGAACACAGGAUGUGUCUGAUAGUGAGUCGAGUUCGAGUUCGAGCUCAGACGGGGAGGAGGUACAGAACCAAGACCUAGGCCAAGACCAAGACCAGGUAGAGGCCUCUGUUGAGGCGUCUGUUGCCGAGAUGGACGUUGACGUUGUUUUGUCGGACGAUGAGUUGCCAAGAGAGAUGUCGAAGGAUACGGUUGAGAGGUUGAGCGAGGUGAAGCUAACGACGAGCGACUUGACAGGGACGCAUGGGAUCCAUCUGGGGAACAUUGACUUGCAGAAGAUGGCUGGGAACUUGGAUGCGAGUCGGGAGAAGUUCCAGGGCAAAGCCCAGGGCCAGGGCCAAGAUAAAAGUGGGUUGAAGAACGAGUACUUGAGCAUGCUAUUCGAGAGUUACGGUGACGACAUGAACGAGCUCAGGCAGGCGCCCGACUUCACGAACAAGACGCUUGUGAUGCUAGCGAACGUGCUGAAGGACGGGGGCGACAUGUUUGACGUGGAGACGCUCAAGACGGUGGUGGAAGGGAAGUAG